GGAGUUUGACAGCUCUGGUGUAUCAGCAUUCCAUCACUCCACUGGCAUUGCCCUGCAAGCUCCUCAUCCCAGACAGAGAUCCCCUGGAGGAGAUAGCAGAAACUUCUCCACAAACUGCUGCAAACUCAGCAGCGGAGCUUCUCAAACAGGGUGCAGCGUGUAACGUUUGGUACCUGAACUCAGUGGAGAUGGAGUCCCUCACGGGCUACCAGGCAGUACAGAAAGCCUUGAGCCUGACGCUGAUGCAAGAUCCUUUUCCCAUCUCAACCGUUGUUCAUUUUAAGGUGUCUGCGCAGGGAAUCACAUUGACAGAUAAUCAAAGAAAACUCUUUUUUCGGCGGCAUUAUCCAGUCAACACUGUUAUUUUCUGUGCUUUGGAUCCACAGGACAGAAAAGUAUUUGGGUUCGUUGCCAGGAAGCAAGGCAGUGCCACAGACAACAUAUGCCACUUAUUUGCGGAGCACGAUCCAGAGCAACCUGCCAGUGCCAUUGUGAACUUUGUCUCAAAGGUCAUGAUCGGAUCCCAGAAGAAGAUCUGA